ACCUCCCACCACCUUUGUUUUGGGACUUGUACACAUUUCUCUCCAUCUCUGUCUCUCUCCUAUUUCACCUUUUUCUCAAUGAAGGUGACAGGGGCGGCAGCAGCAGAGCUUCCUUAUGGAAAAAACAAUCAACAAGUUUCCACCUUUAGAAACACCACAUCCAAAACCUUAAUUCUUGUUACUCUAACACUUAUUAUUUUGACAGUUAUACCCCUAUAUUAUCCACUUCAUAAAUAUCCAACAACCGGCGGCCCUGCUUCAGCCACCACAGACACACCCAUCGCCGCCCCAAUCUACCACCACCAACAAGAUGAACUCAUUACCAUAAAUGACAACCAUCAUAAAUGUGAUGUGUUUUCGGGUGAAUGGAUUCCUAACCCGGAUGCUCCAUAUUAUGAUAACAUGACAUGUUGGGCCAUCCAUGAACAUCAAAACUGUCAAAAAUAUGGACGACCCGAUUCGGAUUUCAUGAAGUGGAGAUGGAAACCCGAUGGAUGUGAUCUGCCCAUUUUCAACCCGUACCAGUUUUUGGAGAUAGUGAGGGAUAAGUCUUUGGCUUUUGUGGGUGAUUCUGUGGGCAGAAAUCAAAUGCAAUCCUUGAUUUGCAUGUUAUCCAGAGUUGAAUAUCCUAUUGAUAGAUCAGCAACAAAGGAUGAAAACUUUAAACAUUGGUAUUAUGUUUCUUAUAACUUCACUCUAGCCACAUUUUGGUCACCGUUUCUAGUAAAAUCAGAAGAGGCUAAUGUUGAUGGCCCGACCCACACCGGUCUUUUCAACUUGUACUUAGAUGAAUUCAACGAAAAAUGGACAACACAGAUUGACGAUUUUGAUUACUUGAUCCUCAAUGCGGGACAUUGGUUCUGGAGGCCUGCAGUGUACUAUGUUAAUCGUGAGGUGGUCGGUUGCAGAUAUUGUCAAAUAGAGAACAUAACGGAUUACCCUAUGACAUUUGGAUACAGAAAGGCAAUAAGAACCGCGUUUAAUGCAAUAAAUAGUAGAGAAAACUUCAAGGGCAUAACAAUUUUAAGAACGUUUGCGCCGAUGCAUUUUGAGGGCGGAACGUGGAACGGUGGCGGCGAUUGUGUGAGGAAAAUGCCAUUCAAGAGCAAGGAGAUUACAUUGGAUGGUAUAAAUUUGGAGUUAUAUAUGACACAAUUGGAAGAAUUUAGAAGGGGAGAAAAGAUGGGGAAAAAAAUGGGUUUAAAGUAUAGGCUUUUGGACACAACACAAGCCAUGUUACUAAGACCAGAUGGACAUCCAAGUAGAUAUGGGCAUUGGCCCAAUGAGAAUGUGACUUUGUAUAACGAUUGUGUGCAUUGGUGCUUACCUGGUCCCAUUGAUACUUGGAGUGAUUUCUUGCUUCAUACUUUGAAGAUGGAAGGUCUUCGAUCAGCAGAAGAAAAAUCACACCCUAGAGGGUGAAGAUUAAUUCCUUCUGGAUCAAUUGAAGCAGGGGAAAUUAUAAGUGAUUGGAUUUAAUUGUUACCCAUUUUUAUUUUUGUUUGUUUGCCCUCAUAGAUUUUGUGUAUUAUUUUUUAGGAAUUUAUAAUUCCAUAUAAGGUAUGUUGUUUUAAAAUGAAAUUAUGUAUUUAAGUUAUUAAUAUAACAUCGGUUUACUUCUUGA